CAGGUGUGUGCUCUUGGAGUUGCUCUCUAGCAACUAUCAGUACACAGAUUGCAACCACAUUGCUGACCCGAGACUCGACCAUCUCAUCUCUCACACACAUCCGCGCCGCCUCGCGCCUUUUCCUCUUAUCACGAUCGACAAUCGUUCUCGCUCCUUGCUAAAUUCGCAAUGUCGCGCACGCUAAAGCAACAAUGGGGUCUGGAAGCGGACCCUCAUGCCGAUGAGCAUGUUAUGGCAGGCUCGACUAGGCUGACCAAGACUACUACCGUUGGUGGGCACGAAGUCGGCUCCCAGCAGCCCGGUCUGCCUGUCUAUCAUCGUAGGAUCGCCAACCCUUUCCCUCUGUUUGCGAUUGGUAUUGGCGCCUCUUUAUUGAUUCUGGGUCUAGUAUUUGUCGGCCAUCGAGGUCUAACAAGCCCUCACAUCGGACUCAAUGUCGGUCUUCCACUCGGAGGUAUUGGACUGCUGACGGCAAUGGUCUUUGCAUUUGCCGAGGGCAACACUUUCUUGUGUGUUGCUGCUGGAUCUCUCGGUGGGCUUAUCGGAGGUACAAGCUUGGUAAACCUUCCCUGGACUGGUAUUCAGGCUGCUUACGUCAUGGAAGCGGAGGGCAAUAUCCCCCUUGGUACCAAAGAGCUUUACAAUGCCUUAGCGGUCGUGUUCAUUUGCUCAUUCGUUCCAGUCUUUAUCAUCUUUCUUGCGUCCUUCAAGACCGCAGCUCCAGUCUCUUCAGCAGCCCUCUUCAUCGUCAUAGCCCUGAUUGUGCUCGGAGUCGGCUUCAAAGAAUUUCCGGCCAUCAACCUCAUGAAGACCGGAGGUGCUUUGUUCAUUCUUGUAGGCGUCACACUGUUUUACUCCGCUGCAUCGGUUCUUCUGGCUGAGGAAGGAGUCAAAAUCCUGCCUGUCCUCCCUCUGCCGCGCGGAGACUGAGCUUGACCCUCACUCUCGCCAUCAAGGAGCCAAGUUGUGCGCACUCUGUUCCGUUGAGGGUAUUUGCACCUCAUGUCGCGUUCCGUUUGAGUCACGUCGUAUGUGUGCGCAAAUUUCAAUGUAAUCCAUUGCAAACCGUG